CUGCUGAUCGGCCCCACUGCAUCCUUUGGAUCCGACACCGCCAACUUCCCCCUCUACUCCGAGGUGGCUCGCUGGUAUGCCAGUGGAGUCACGGCCGUGCUUGCACUCAUGGCCACCAAGCUCCUGGGCCGCCCCAUACUCUCGCCAGUCCCCAUCUACUCCUUUGCUGGCGCUGGUGCUGCCAUCACCAUCACGGCAGUGUGCAUCAGAGAGCUCAACGGGCGCGUUGGCAUCGGAGCCACUUGCGUGGUCUACGCCCUGUGCACUCUCUCGCUGCUCCUCUGGCAAUCGAUACUCAACGGAGCGCCCAUACUGGUGGGCUCCUGCAGCGGCUCCUCCCCCGUGGCAGCAGUGGCAUGGCGGCGAGUGCACUCGCUGCGCCUGUUGGGGUGCCUGCUUGCCUGCCUGGUCGCCUACAGCUGCUGGCUCUGGUUCCCCCCGGCCUCAGAGGCAGCGCGGGUGCUGCUGCCCUCCGCCACGCCACUUUACCUCUGGCCGCCGGCCAGCAUGGGGGUGCGCUACUGGUGGUGGAUCGGGCCCCUCGCCGUGCCCAUCUUUGCGUUUCUCCUUUUCUGCUCUGACGGGCUAGCAGUCGCACUGCAAGAGAGAGUGUACCUGCAGUACGACCUGCCGGUUACCUCGCUGGUGCUCUAUGUGUCCACCUCCGCCUUGUUUGUUGACUUCUGGGCGUUCGCCUUCAGUGACCACUUCGACCGCGCCUUUGGCUUCGUGUUUGACUGCCCGCAGUGCCUGCUCUACCUCGUGCUCGCCUCUGUGCCAUCAGCGCUGGCAGCCUUUCUCACGGCGCUGCUGCUGAGAGUCUCAGGCGGGCUCGUCUCCUCUCUCGUCUUGCGGCCUCUGAAGCUGAUUGUUGCUGCUGAGGGUAUCUGGCCAGCUGGUCUCCUCUCUCGUCGUGCGGGUGAGCCCCGCCCCGCCAUGUGA